AAGUUGUGGGGUGCAACACAACAGCGAGUCGUUCAGUAGCUGAGUAACCAGAACUUGAAUUAAUUGAUAUAAAAUCUGUGAAAAAUGAACGUAGUGCCCGGAACGGCAUCCCUCCUCGAAGAGCUUGACAAAAAGCUAAUGGUUCUGUUAAGAGAUGGUAGAACACUUAUCGGAUAUCUCAGAAGUGUUGAUCAAUUUGCCAACCUGGUUCUUCAUCGAACUAUCGAAAGGAUUCACGUUGGCAAAGAAUAUGGGGAUAUUCCUCGGGGCGUUUUCAUCGUCCGAGGCGAGAACGUUGUUCUCUUGGGAGAAAUAGACAGGGACAAGGAAAAGGAUCUGCCACUAUCUCAGGUGCCUGUAGAUGAUAUAUUAGAUGCUCAAAGACGAGAGCAAGAAUUAAAGCAAGAUCAAGAGCAACUGAUGAGCAAAGCUCUGAAAGAACGAGGCCUCUCCUACAUUCCGGAUUUGGGGCAUGACGACAUGUUCUGACCCACAUCUAUUCCUACGACAAGUUCAUUUUCAUCAUCCUCAUCAUCUCAUAAGUCUGAUUGAAUGUACAAGAGAGUUGUUUAAUUUUGUGAAAGCAAAGGGAAAAAGGUGAAA